GGUUAGAUCAACUGUUCAAGUACACCUGUUUACGUCGUUAUCAUUUGAAGUCUGAUAAGCGAUAUGUUUAUGAGUAACUUAUUUCCUCAGAACUUUGUCGACAAUAUGUCGAUCCGCAUUGGAUUUUAGUCAUUGCGAUAAGACCAUUGUUCAUCAAGAUAAAUGUCGAAUGGUUAAUUCUGAAGUGCGGUUCAGUUGCAUCACUCGACAUCGGCACAGUCGGCGCUCGUGGCGCGCACGCAGAGACAGAACACAAACAAAUCCGUGAGGUGGAACGACAACGACCGGGCUCUUUGUUAUGAAUCCACUUUCAAACAUUACUUAACAUGUGAAGGGAUUUGUUUAUAUUACAAUGGCCAUCUCAGCAAACUGUUGGAAGUACCUAGUGCUUAUCUUCAACGUACUAUUCGCAAUGUCAGCAGUAGUACUGUUUGGAGUGAGCGGCUGGCUUUUAUACCGUCUCUUUAUUUACCGGCACUUCAUAGGAGUGAAUGUGGAAUACCCUGCAAUCCUGCUUCUGAUGAUGGCCAUCAUUACUUGUUCCAUAGCCUGGAUUGGGUGGCGCACGGCGACGUCUAUGCAUCAAAUUCAUGUCACCAUUACCGGUAUCCUGAUAAUCCUAGUGGUGGUGAUCGAGUUUUCCUGCUUCGUGUGGGCUAUGGUGGUCUGGGAUGGUGUAGACUUAGAGAUCAAGACCAAUAUGGCGUCCUAUCUGCAGUCCACCUUGGGAAACAAGGAGGACAACUCGUAUGACUUGUUGCGGUGGGAUAAACUUCAUAAAGAUAUGCAGUGCUGUGGCGUCACGGGACCAUCAGACUUUAUACACACCAACAACAUCCCUGUAUCUUGCACAGGCAAAGGCAUCCUGGAAACGCUGGCCCAGAAGCCCUACGUGUCCGACCACAGCGCCAUAUUCCAACAGGGCUGCGGGAACCCGCUUCAUGACUACGCGAGACAACAGUUGAUGCUGGUGGCUAUGACGGCGCUAGCGGCGUCUGUGUUGCAGAGUUCCGGUAUAUUCUGCACGUUCUUCCUCGCGCACGCCAUUCGGCUGCGCCGGCGCGCCUCCAUCAGAAACUCCUCCUCUCUACGCGAAGCUGCCCUCUCUGCUGCGCCUGACGACUCAUUGCUGUCACCCAGUGCGCCUGCACCUACCUUACCGAAGUAUUAGAGCAUGUUAAAGUUAGUAAGGGCCCAUUUUUCGAAUGAUAUUGCCUCUGCCUCCAAUGACUACGCCUGAUUUAGGGCCCAUUUAGACGGUAUUGGUACGAGAACUCGCAUAGGAGUUUUAUUACAUUGCGGUAUUUGAUGGCUGUGCAAAAUUGUAUGCAUCCUCAACAGCCAGAUGCAACUGAAAUCGCAUUCGAGUUCGCACGUCGUCUAAGGGCCGGUUGCAUCAAACCGUCUGUCACCGUUAAAGCGUUGGUUAAAUUUUAUUGUAUGGGAAGUUCCACAGACGUCUGCUGCGUGACGAUGAUGUGUCUGUCAAAUGUAGUUGAUGCAACUGGCCCUUAGUCAGGCCUAAAUGGGCCUCCACGAACUAUCAAAUCGUAUGGUUGCCAUAACAACACACUAAUAUUAAGACUAAUAAUUUUAGAUGGGCCCCAGGGCGCCAUUUUCCAGAUUCGCGGCAGAAAUGGCAGGAUGAGACGCUCGCGACCAAUAGGACUGAUCAUGCGUCAAUGUCCAUUGAUCCUUAGUGCGUUUUCAUAUUACAUCCGUCCGACGAAGGACCGAUAAAUUUAAUAUCCUGUAUAUUAUAGGCGCCAUCUUUGACAUUUGCCUUUGAAAUCUUUCCUACAUCCAAUAUCGGACCGGAUGAUAUGAAAAGCACUUAUCAUUGAAAAUGUUUAGUCAGAUUGACUCAGGAUUAUUGUCAUAAAUAUACACAUAUAUGAACAUAAAUUGGUACCUUUUUACCUCAACAAGUAAUGACGUCAUGAAUAAAGUGUUUGUUUUCCUUCUUCUAAAUCUGAAUAUAGCCGGGAAAACUGAGCGAAUCAAAGGAGGACUACCUAUAUAAUGAAUACCUACCUAAAUAACCAAGUUGGAGAAAAAUGCCAAAGUACAGUCAGCCAAGAAAGUGGUUUACCACUUUU